UGUCAACACUGAUAACAGUCAGCGCUCGGCUCUCUAGAUGGAAGGGUAAAACUGCCUGAGCUAUUCUCAGUUCUCAGUUGAUCAUAUCAGAGGAAGUUCACAACCACAGGAGGAGCUGAUGAUGUUUAAAGAAAGAGCUGUAACAGAAGACUUUCAGACACAGAAAAUGGCUGAUAAGUGUGAUCUGUGUCUGCUGGGACUGAUCAUUCACUCUUCACUUCUCACAGGUACUAGAGGAGCAGAAGUGACUCGUGUGUUCAACAGUUCUGGUGAAAAUGUCCGUCUGCCCUGUAAUAAUGCUCUUUCUGACUGUACAUCAACAACUACAUGGAACUACUAUAACAGAUUCACACAUUCAGCAGCAGUUGAACUGAUUAAUGGAGGGGAAAAGAAUAAAGACACAGAGAGACAUGAGAGACUGAGUCUGGGGUCUGACUGCUCUCUGAACAUCAAGAACGUCACACAAGAAGAUCAUGGAUUAUACACCUGCCAACAGUGGACAGGUCCGAAAGGACAACAACAAAAACAAGGAAAUGAUACACGUGUUUAUCUGCAUGUUCUUCAUGUUUCAGUGUCUCCAUCAUCAUCAUCAUCAUCAUCAUCAUCCUCACAGACUGAGAUCAGUCCAGGUCGCUCUGUGACUCUCUCCUGUCAAUUGUAUUCAUAUGAUGACAUAACUUGUAAUGAUUUGGUCCGUUCUGAGGAACUUCAGCUGUUGUGGGUGAAUCAGACUGGUGUUGAUCUGACGACAGACUCCAGAUAUCAGAUAUUAUUCUCAUCAGAUCACUGUAUCAUCACUCUGACUACAACACUCCUGAAUGAAGAUGACAACAGAGAGUGGAGAUGUCAGCUUACUCUCAGAAAUCAACUCCAGACCUCAGUCAGAUACACUGUCAAGUAUUCAGUCAGCAGCUCAAACUCUGAGAAGAAAUCAAGCCAAACUACAGCAGCAGCUCCUACACAAGAGAAUCAGAAGUCAUUAAAUACUCCAAACUCUGAGAGGACAGCAGCUGCACAAACACCUGGAUUUACUGAACAACAAGAUCCAGCUGACACAGCAUCAGAAACUGAAGUCAGUGUGACUGCUGGAUCAUUAUUCAGAGGUACGACACGUUCAUUUCUACUGACAGCUUUACACCAUUAAACUAUCAGUCAGUCUGUAAAUGCUUCAUCAAUAACUGUUCAUAGUUUAAUCCCCUUGACUUCAGUCAUGUCCAGUUUCUCUUCUUCUUCCACACAUGUUUCGUGCAGUGAUUGUGAUUAUUGUUUUAAUAUGGAUAUUUCCAUACAGUGUUCAAAGUCAUUUUCGUGUGGUUGGUAUAAACUGCUUUAAAUAUAAUAUUAAAUACAGUAAUGGACAGACUGUAUAAUCAUCUCUCUGUUCUGUUCUGCCUCAUGAUCUGUUCAUUCUUGGAUUUUUUUUUUUUUUUUUUUUUGAAUGAUUUCUACUUAUUUUCUUAAUAAAACCUCUGCAAAUGUUAAAUAUGUCUCCUUUCCUGAGAUGUUUGUUAGAAAUAUGGUGAUUUUCCUUCAUGAGCUCGUAAUGUGAGGAUGUUAAACUGUGAAUCAAAGCUGCAAAGAUAAACUAAUAGUGAAAUGAUUCAUUCAUGUUCAUAAUGAUUCAUAUAACUUUAUUCUGGUUAGUUCAGAAAUCCACUUUGAUAAACUGAUGACUUUAACACACUUCACCUUCUCACACAGCUGUGUUUCAAGAGCAAAGUUAUUGGUUUAGGCUUGUGAGUACAAUUAUUUUUUUUAAAUACUUAUAGAUAGAAAUUGCCCUAAAAUAAUUUCAUCAACAGAGAGUGUGUGGAUAAUCUGUAUUAAUAUAAUACAACACUACAGUAAACACUAUACAGGCAAAGUCUGAUGAUCAUCUAAUUUUAUCCAAGCCCCGCCCAUUCAGACACAAAGGACCAAUGGAAGCUGCAUAUGCUGAGUGUUGUGUUCCAGUGUCCUCAUAUUCUUGUCUGAAUGGAGAGCGGUGAUAUUUGAAUGCGAUUAUAUACACUGUAUUUUAAUAAACACCACGAGACUGUGCUUCUGAGCCGUGAGCUUCUUUUACUGACUCUCAAUCUUGCAGGCAUGAGCAAUCAACCGACGAUCAGUCUGACACACAAGUCAACUUAAUCAAACACAGAGUGUGUUGAACCAAAUCCAGCCAAUCAGAUUGAGCUGAUGUCAGCUCCAGUCACUGUGUAUCUGACAGAGUUGGUGUACAUGCUGUCUGAAGGAGAGAAUAUAGAAACACUUUAACUGUAACACUGACACACAAACAGACUCU